AAAGAUUAAAAGAAAAAAAAAAACUUCAAAGUUUUGAAUGGCACUUGGUGUAGUAAUCACUGCAGCGCUGGUCUUCGUAUGGGCUGUUGCUAGGGUUCAGCCCUCAACUUGCCAUGUUCUCGAUGCCAAAUUCUCUUGCCUCGACUGCAAACAUUAUUACGACUUCUCAGGCAUCAAAGUUGCAGUGAAGUGUGAUAAAGUGAAGAAACUAGCCACCGCAACCGCCGAAGAAAAUGGCGCUUUCAGAGUGGAGCUUCCAUUAGACAACUCAAACGGUAAUCCACCAACAUCUCUCGAUUGUCUUGCCAGGAUCAUCGGUGGACCGAACCAGCUGUACGGUGAGAAAAAGAACACGGUGUCCAACGUUGUGAAGGUGAGCAAUGGCGGCGUGAACUCUUACACCACAGCCACUCCACUUUCUUUCUCAACUUCCUGUCCUUUGGCUUCGUCGAAGACCGUUGAUCUGCCACUACCGCGGGAGUGGGGACUUGCUCCGUCGAGCUAUUAUGUUCCUUUCUUCCCCAUCAUCGGUAUCCCUUGAUGUUGCCGGCUUCUUCCAGGUUCAUCUUAGUAUAAUAGAGUUAUUAAUAA